CUCCCGCCACAAUGGCAUCACUGUGGCUAUCGAAAUGUCGGCUUCUGCCGCAAAAGCAGCAACAAAAGUUGCGGGCCAUGGGCGUGCAUGGUAUAGAAAGGGGAUUUUCCCCCAAGCGCAUAUUUAAGGUGUAGGUAUUUUAGUGAAACACUCCAUGCGCCUUUGAACUUCGAUUGCAUUCAAUUGAGAAGGUAAAGCAGGUUUGCCUUCAUGGCCCCCGUGCCAAAACCCUGGCCACGCCCAUGGCCACAGCAACAACAACCACAUUGGCGGCGAUAAAAAAAUCGCCGCUGGCAGAAGCUUCGGGCUCUGAUUGUUGUUUACGUGUCGCCCGGUCCGGUGGAGUCGUCUUCACUUGUGCUCUUCUGCUUUUCUGGCCAAUUUGAACGGAACGAACUGCCGAACGGAACGGUCCGCCGCCAACUGAUCUUGGCCAGAAACGUAGUCUUGAGCUUACAAGACCCCCCAAACGCACUUUGUGUACCGAACCCCGGCGUUUGUUUGCCUUCGGUUUCUAUUUGGCUUUGGAGUUGAGAAAACAAAAGAGAGCUAAAGGCAUAGCAGCAACAUGAACAGCAUACACAGUGAGUAUUUGGCCUUUAGUAUGGCGGCGUUGCUCCAGCGUUACUGAUAUGGCGCUCCUGCCCGCCCCCGUCACAUAUUCUUAUUCCCGUCGUCCAGUGAACGCCAAUACGCUGAAGUACGUCAGCCUGCUGACGCUGACCCUACAGAAUGCCAUCCUGGGACUCAGCAUGCGCUAUGCCCGCACCCGACCAGGCGACAUCUUCCUCAGCUCCACGGCCGUACUCAUGGCAGAGUUUGCCAAACUGAUCACGUGCCUGUUUCUGGUCUUCAACGAGGAGGGCAAGGAUGCCCAGAAGUUUGUCCGCUCGCUGCACAAGACCAUCAUUGCGAAUCCCAUGGACACGCUGAAGGUGUGCGUCCCCUCGCUGGUCUAUAUCGUUCAGAACAACCUGCUGUACGUCUCGGCCUCCCAUUUGGAUGCGGCCACCUACCAGGUGACGUACCAGCUGAAGAUUCUCACCACAGCCAUGUUCGCGGUUGUCAUCCUGCGUCGCAAGCUGCUAAACACCCAGUGGGGAGCACUGCUGCUCCUCGUGAUGGGUAUCGUCCUGGUGCAGUUGGCCCAAACGGAGGGUCCGGCGAGUGGUUCAGCCGGUGGAGCUGCAGCAGCAGCCACGACUGAUUUGUCUGGAGGAGCACCUGAGCAGAACAAGAUGCUUGGACUGUGGGCCGCAUUGGGAGCCUGCUUCCUAUCCGGAUUUGCGGGCAUAUACUUCGAGAAGAUCCUCAAGGGCGCCGAGAUCUCCGUGUGGAUGAGGAAUGUGCAGUUGAGCCUGCUCAGCAUUCCCUUCGGCCUGCUCACCUGCUUCAUCAACGACGGCAGUAGGAUCUUCGAUCAGGGAUUCUUCAAGGGCUACGAUCUGUUUGUGUGCUAUCUGGUCCUGCUGCAGGCCGGCGGUGGAUUGAUUGUGGCCGUGGUGGUCAAGUAUGCGGAUAACAUUCUCAAGGGCUUCGCCACCUCGCUGGCCAUCAUCAUCUCGUGCGUGGCCUCCAUAUACAUCUUCGAUUUCAAUCUCACGCUGCAGUUUAGCUUUGGCGCUGGCCUGGUCAUCGCCUCGAUCUUUCUCUACGGCUACGAUCCUGCCAGGUCGGCGCCGAAGCCAACUAUGCAGGGUCCUGGUGGCGAUGAGGAGAAGCUGCUGCCACGCGUCUAGCUCUGGAGGAAUCCGGAUUUGCCAACAGUAUUUGUCCGUAACCCGGAGGCCGUUCGGUAACUGCAUCUGGUGCACUUGAUAUUCCCCACGUUUUGUGUGUAUAUAUGUUAGGGUGGAUAUUAACGUCUGGACAAUUCGUAGCACUUUCUGUUGAGACGAUAUUUGUAAUGUAAAGGAAACGAUAAUAAUACUUAAUUAUUUAUGUAAUUUAAAUAUAUUUAGGGUAUUCACUAGCAAAACUAAAGUAUAGAUGUUGAAAUGAUAAAGCUUGAAUGCACGUUUCAUUGAUCAUUUUGAUUGUUACUUUGUAAAUGCUAAGGAAUGCCAACAGUAUUUACUGGACCGAAUUCCCGUACCUAUUGUAUACCUUUUGUAAAUAUCCACUUGCACUCCAGAUUAGACUAAGAAUUUAUAACGAUUUAUAGGGUUUCAAGUUACAGUUGAUGUUUGGGCGAUUCACAGCCAAAACCACUUUUGUUCGAAUUACUCAAGAAGUUCAUAUACAUAUUUUUACUUGAAUGUGCGUUCAUUCAUUGCCAACUACUUCUUCUUUGGAGAAAUUUUAAGAGAAGCAACCCCACUUUUAUAUUUAUAUUUGUAGUAAAGUCGCAUUACUCGCACAGCGUUUUAUGAGUGAUUCCAAAUCGAGUCAGCGCCGCUCUCAAUAUGUUUCAUUUUGUUUGAAUAAAUAUUAUACAAAUAAAAGGGGUUUUUAUUUGAAAGUCGGUUAUUGUCAAGCCAGAACAAUAGAAAUAAAACAAAGGUGU